CAAGGAGGCGGACAAAGAGGCCUGCGCCUCCUGGCUCUCCUUCAGUUUUCGUCUUAGACUUUGGAUUAUUAACCAUGUCAGGACUAUUCGAGCAGAUCAAGCUGCUUUAUGAUCAGGCACUUUAUUGUAAUGUGAUCUCUCUGACGAACUUGGUGCUUUCUCUCAGCGAACACAAUGCUGAUUUGCUACCUGGUUACAGCAAGUUUCAUGUAUACGUUUAUUACGCAGAUGCUCACUUUCAUCUGAGCAAAUAUCGCAGAGCAGAGACUCUCUACAAGAAGGCUCUGCAGUUCCGUAAGUGUCUGUUAAAAUCCAAAGGUACAGGGAAACCUUUAUUGGAUGGACAGAAGGAUCUGCCAUCGGAUGUCAAUAUCAAAUAUCAAAUUCACUUAUGUCUAGUCAAGUCCAAGAAUUUGCAAGAAGCUUUGCAAGUGCUACAGAGCAUUCCUGGCAAGCAGCGUACUGCCAAAGUAAACAUGGCACUAGCCAAGAUGUUUCACGAGCAAGGAAUGGAACGAUCUGCUAUUACCACAUACAAAGAAGUGUUGAAAGAAUGUCCAUUGGCUUUAGAAGCAGCCGAAGGUCUUCUUUCUUUAGGAGUAAAGGGUGUGGAGGUCAAUUCUCUGAUCGUCGGCUCCAUCUCGAAUUCGAUGAAUUUGGAAUGGCUUAAUACGUGGAUCAAGGCUCAUGCACAUAUUCAUAAUAGAGAAUACACUCAUGCCGUGAGCACUCUGAGAUCAUUGGACAAUGUUGUUUUGCUUAGGGAUAAUUUCAAUCUAUUGACUAUCAUGGGCGAGUGUUAUUAUUAUGCGGGUGAUGAUAAGAAUGCUCUGUUGUGUCUAAGGCGAGCUCGCGUUAUUGAACCAGAUAUAACAAAAGGGGUGGACAUGUAUGCUGCAGUUCUAUACAAAAUGCACCAUAUCAAAGAAUUGGAACGGCUGAUACCAGCGAUAACUGCUAACAACGAAUGUACCGGCGAAAUUUACGUAGCAAUGGCAUAUUCCCUGUUUGCCGCUAGAAAGUUCAGCAGAGCAAAUACUCUUACUGCUCAGGCAUUAAAUCUGAAUCCUAAUGACAUAGAGGCCACUAUAUUACGGGGUAAUCUUCUUAUCGAGCAAAAAAAGUAUCAGGACGCUUUGUUCUUUUUUAGACACGCCGUGCAAUUGAAACCAUAUAGAUAUGAACCACAUAAAGGUUUAGUAGAUUGUCUUGUUGGGAUGCAUAGGUUGCGAGAAGCUCUGAAUAUCGCCAGCAGCUCUUGCAAACAACUUGGACACACUACAAGAGUUCUAACAUUAUAUGCAUCCGUCUUGAUGAAAGAUCCUGUGUCAGUGAGCAAAGCUAAGAACCUUCUCGAAAAAGCUUUAUCUCAAGAUGAAGUCUACUUACCUGCAGUGUAUUUACUCGCGGAGAUAUAUGAACAGGAAAUGAAUUUGGAAGCAGCCAUCGAACUACUCGAGAGACAGGUGGAGAUUCACUCUACCUGUAAGCUCCAUCAAACUUUGGGAGACUUAUGGGCAAGAAUGCACAAUGAAGAGAAGGCUCUAGAUCAUUAUGUGAUAGCUUUAAACUUGGAUCCAAACAACAGGAGAGCUAUAGAGGGAAUGCACAGAUUAGACAAUUCUUCUAGUAAAUUGGAUUCCGCUUAUUAUAUGACCGUUGGUGAGGAACAGGCUGAUACAACUUAUGAUGUCGGUGAUGGUCUGCCGGAUACAGAUAACGAUGAGGCACCCGAGGAGAGCGAGACUGAAGCCAUUUGGUCGGACAUGGACUUGGAAGCUAAUAGUCAAUAAUCAUUCUUGUUAUAGAAACGAAUAGCCAGUGAAAAUUGAUCGAAAUUUUGGCUUCUAAACUAAGUCCAUUA